UUAACACGUUUGUGCGUAAAUGAACAGAGGAAUUGAUAACGAAAACCGGAGGUGGCCCUUCUCUGUGCUAGGGGAGAAUUCGGGUGGGGGACACGCAGCCGAUUUCAUGUUUGCCACAAUAUUGGUUUAUUCCCCGCAGCAUUGACGUAAACAUGAACAUACAACUCUGUAAUAUUAAGUUAAAAUUACUCUCAAAUGUCAAUACGCAAAACACGUAAAAUGUGAAUUUUGUAUGUAAAUAAGGAAGACCUGAAGUUGUUUCUAUUCCAAAGAGCUUUCAUUGACGUUGACUGCCAUUCCAAUUUCCUUCAAACGCACGUCCUUCACCGGCAGACCUAUUUAAUCAGUUACACAUUUUAUUUGGUGUCAGUGAGUGGAUACCAAUUUUGUACAAUAGGAGCAACAUUUAAUAGAACCAUUUAAUCUAGUCUAUCGUCAUUGCAUCUAUUUACAAAGGCAACCGUAGGCUAUGUCUAAAUGCGGGUUUAAAGACCCCUAUUCCAAAGCAGUCGUGCAAAUGGCUUCAUUCCCUGACUCCGACUUGACUACAUGCUCCCUAUGCAAACAACUGUGCUGCUCCUCUGCUCCACUCUCCUCCAACUCCUCUACCUCCUCGUCCUCGUCUCAUACCUCAACUAGCUCAUCUACCUCAUCCUCCAGAAGGCUCCACGUCCUCCCAUGCCUCCAUGCCUUCUGCAGGCAGUGUCUGGAGGGCCACCGGAACCCCGAAGACCCCUUGAAACUCCGGUGCCCGACUUGUGACCUAAAGGUUCUAAUGCCCAUAUCAGGAGUAGAUGCCUUGCCCUCCUCAAACUUUUUAUUUAGCAACAUGUUGGAUGCCGUGGUACAUUUGUCUGAGGAGCAAAUCAACAAUACUGUUAGCAGCAGGGGCAACAACUUGUCUCACAGACACAGCCGAGAGCCCCUGUGCAGCUCUUGCAACGAGGGCAAUCCCGCUACCUCUCACUGCCGAGACUGCCAGGAGUACCUUUGUAACAACUGUGUAUGGGCACACCAGAGGGUCCGGCUUACCAAAGACCAUUUGAUUGAUAGACUAGUGGAGAGUCUGUUUCACCAACACCUGGGGAACCAAACCAACAACUCUAACAACACUCCUACUGCCACUCUGAGCCGGUCCUCCUUCCAGUCGAGCUACUCUCUGCUGCCUGUCUUUCAGGACAGAGAGCAUGACAAUGCGGUUCUGCAUUUCUUCUGUGAUACGUGCUCCGUGCCUGUCUGUAGGGAGGCCAGUGUGGGUUGUCACUCGGGCCACAGCCUCCUCUACCUCCAGGAUUCCCUGCAGGACUCCAGGACCCUCACCAUCCAGCUGCUGGCAGACGCCCAGCGGGGCAGGCACGCUGUACAGUUGAGCAUUGAGAAAGCACAGGCCGUUGCUGAGCAGGUGGAACUGAAGGCCAUGGUGGUCCAGACAGAGGUCAAAGCCAUCACACAGCGUCAUAAGAAGGCCCUGGAGGAACGAGAGUGUGAACUGCUGUGGAAAGUUGAGAAUAUCCGUCAGGUGAAAGCCAAGUCCCUCUAUCUCCAGUUAGAGAAGCUGCACCAGAACCUGACCAAGCUGGACAGCACCAUCUCUACAGUAACCCAGGUCCUAGAGAAGGGCAGUAGUCUGGAUCUGCUGCUGGCCAGAGAGAGCAUGCUCCUCCAGAUGUCAGAGCUUCAGGCCCUCAGGGAGCUGUUACUGCCGCAGGAUGAUGAUCGCAUCCUGUUCACCACCCCCGACCAGACCUUGCUCCUCGCCAUCCAGUCCCUAGGUCUGGUCAGCUCCGGGGCCUUCGCCCCCCUCACCAAGGCCCAGGGAGAGGGGCUUUGUCGGGGCUUGCAGGGUAAGCAGGCUUCCUUCACUGUGGUGGGGUAUGAUCAUGAUGGAGAGCUCAGGCUGUCUGGUGGGGACGGUGUGUCAGCUGUGGUGGUGGCGUCCGAUGGUAACCUGCUAAACGCUGAGGUGACCGACCAUCAGAACGGGUUGUACACGGUCAGCUACCUGCCCAAGGUAGAAGGAGAACAUCUGGUGUCAGUCCUUAUCUGCAACCAGCACAUCGAAGGCAGCCCCUUUAAAGUGCUGGUCAAGUCUGGCCGUAGCUAUGGAGGUAUCCCCUUGCCGGUGGCCUCGUUCGGCAGGGAGGGGGACGGAGAUGGGCAGCUGUGUCGCCCCUGGGGGGUGUGUGUGGACAAAGAGGGCUACAUAAUCGUAGCUGACCGAAGCAACAACCGGGUGCAGAUCUUCAAACCGUGCGGUUCCUUCCACCACAAGUUUGGUACGCUGGGCUCCAGACCAGGCCAGUUGGACCGACCAGCUGGGGUGGCCUGCGACAGCCAGAGGAGAAUCAUCGUUGCAGACAAGGAUAAUCAUCGCAUCCAGAUCUUCACCUUUGAAGGCCGGUUCCUCUUCAAGUUCGGGGAGAAGGGAACCAAGACCGGUCAGUUCAGCUACCCCUGGGACGUGGCGGUCAGCUCGGAGGGAAAGAUCCUCGUCUCAGACACCCGGAACCACCGCAUCCAGCUCUUCAGGCAGGACGGCACCUUCCUCAACAAGUACGGCUUUGAGGGGGCUCUAUGGAAACACUUGGACUCCCCCAGAGGCGUGGCCUUCACUCAGGAGGACCACCUGGUGGUGACAGACUUCAACAACCACCGUCUGCUGAUCAUCCGGUCUGACUGCCAGUCAGCCCGCUUCCUGGGAUCAGAGGGAACCGGUAACGGUCAGUUCCUGCGGCCGCAGGGCGUAGCAGUGGACCAGGAGGACCGCAUCGUGGUGGCUGACUCCCGGAACCACCGGAUCCAGGUGUUUCAAACCAAUGGUAAUUUCUUAUGCAAGUUGGGGACUCAGGGUAGCAGCUUCGGACAGAUGGAUCGCCCAUCGGGUAUAGCUGUUACUCCUGAAGGAAGGAUUGUUGCCGUGGACUUUGGAAACAACCGAAUCAUUAUGUUCUAGGCGAGGCAGUUUGUCUGCUGGUUUGCAAAGAAAGAAACAUUGAAGAGGAGAUUUUGAAACACACCCAUCAGAUGCAAAUGUCUUUGUGAGCAAAUGGAGACGGUAAUAUUGAAACUUUACCUUUUCUCUCAGCUUUACCUCUAUUUUGAAAGAGCAAAUCAAUGCAGUACAUGAACCAACGCCAACUAGGGGUUAUUGUCAUAAGCUGACAUUUUGAACCCUAUAGAAGGCCUUCUGUGACAGUAUCUGGCUCGAUAGUUGUCUUUGCUCCUGAUGUGUGCGUCAAAAUCUCUGAUUUUCUCAGGGAAUUUCUUGCAUUCUUGAAAUAUUUCCACUGCAUCAUACCUACCUCAUGUAUCUGUGUAUGAAUGUACUCCUUUAUUAUUUGAUGCAGAGAUUUUGCUAGUGGAGUUUUGAUAAAGUAACUACCUCAAUGCAAGAGAAAAGUAUAGUUAACAUGAAACAACAUUUGGUUGAUAUUUGCACAGAAAGCGCUCACACAUUUUCUCUAAUUGUUACUGUUGACAUAAAGCGAGUGAAAUCCCAGAAUGUUGCUGAGAACAAUGUAUUUCCUGUGUUACAUACAUGUGGAAACGUGGAGUCAGACAUUUUUUUAUAAACUCAGCAACUGUUAUUUUUCCAUUUUGUUUUUAAAUAUGCCUCCAUACCUCUGUAAAACCUUUUUAACCUCAUGUCACAACCACACAGUACCUCAGAACUCCAGUGUCCUCAGGUCAAUAGUAUGCUGAGUUCCAAAUGGCACCCUAUUCCCUAAAUAGUGCACUACUUUUGACCAGGGCCCAUAGGGCACUGGUGCACUAAAUAGCGAAUAGAUUGUAAUCUGAGACUCGUCCUGUAAAAUGGAUUCUCUCCACAAAAUGGCUGCUGCCAGUUUGCUAUAGGCAGGUGGAAUAUUUGAUAUCAGUGACCAUUGUCAGUUCAGUCAGUUGUGUGAUUUCAGUUUUAAGGGAAAAAACAUUUAACAAGGAAUUGACCAUCUUGAAUUGGGUGAAUCAUCAGAAUUGUUAUUUUCUGGGCAUCUAUGAAGAAUUGUGACUUGAAACUACUGGAAAUCAUCAUUGUUGUUAUGAUAUAUUAAUCCUGACAUGUAUUCAUUCAUCUAAGGCAACUAGUGUAUUCAGCCACAGCAUAGUGAAGAUUAGACAGUAACACAUUGGUGUGGGUUAACUUGGAUUUAAUCUCAACCGUGUCUGAACCUGAGUCUAAAUCUAUUUACUGAUAUCCAUUUAGAAAUCAUUGAGAUCUGUGUAGACUAACUUUCCUAAGAGUAGAGGGGUCUAAGAGUAGUGAAGUUUCAUUCUGAUAUUCUUUGAAGAACAACCUUUCUGCACAUGGUUGGUGGUUUAGAUUGGCACCCUAAUGACGCUACCAUGUUCCUUUCUUUGUGAUCGUUGUUUGAAAAGUCUAUCGUUGCCUCUGUGCCUCGACUAUGUUCCCGUCAAAGAAAGUCAUCCGUUUAGCUUUUUUUCCUUCAAUGCGUCAAUGCGUCAAUCAUGGGAAACCGCGAGAAUUUUUGUUUUAUCCUGGUGGCAAAUAAAAUCAUUUUUAAAAGUAAAACUGACCAGUAAAUAUUAAAAGUGACAGCAUUGAUGUUGAUCUCCAUUGUCUCCAUAGUAUUUUCAAUAGAUAUUCUCCGUAGUAACCCCUAGCUGCUUGUCAGUUGCCUGAUGACCCACUCAUGUAGCCUACAGAUGGCUGAGUAACCAAAGCAAAAGGCUCCACAUAAAUAGAAUUCCAUCAGCUGCUGCUCCCACACCCACAUUCACCCUGCUCUGAACUGUGAUGAUGGCAGUGAGUCUGUUGGUCACAUUAGCCGUUGUAAUAUCAGUCAGCACAGCAGUUCCUCUGUCUGAGAGAACAUUACCAAACCAGGUCAUUCAUGGUUCCACAGUGGCUAUUAACUACAGAACAUCAAGAACCAGUAAAAAUGCAAAUGUUAAAUUAAUUCAAUUUUUUCUUCACCAGCUGUAGCCUGCCCUGUGUUAUAAACUAGCUGUUCAUAGCUAUUAAUAUUGUGCUUAUAGCUUGAACUGUUAAAGCCAAGUCCCACUCUCCUCCCUGUGUCUCUGACUGUGUCUAAUGGGCCAGUAUUUCCUGUCUGUUGAGCCACAUUGCCACAAGUGCUGGUUUACGAGGAGAGCUCGGUUCUUUUCCAAAUGGCACACUAAUCCCUAUAUAGUGCACUACUUUUGACCAGAGCUUUAUGAUGUAUUUUCAGUACAUUGUUGGUUCUUAUAUUGUUCCUAUAGUUUGAACUGAAGUUUGCAGUGAAUGUUUCUUAAAAGACUUCAAGUUCUUGAAACUUAGAAGACAAGACUUGUAUAUUUUCAUUUUAAUGCAUGAUUCAAAAAGUAAUUGUGGAAAAGAUUUGUCACGACUUUUUAAUUAUUUUAGGGUUAUAUACAGUUAUAGUAUGUUAGGUUGAGGAGGAUGGCUUCCUUUGACUAUUUCGUGGAGACUGGCAGCGUUAACCGUGAAUGCAAUGUCGACUCAAAUCAGAUAUGACCUUUUUACAUUUUAAUUGCGCUAUAGCGCUGAACUUUUUCGUUGCAGAUUAAAUCGAGCCUCAGUCUAUCCAAACUAUUAGAAAUGCUCUGUGUUCCAUCCUCCACAGUAAGGUAUCUGGUUGAGCAGUAUGGGAGGAUUCCAGCAUUAGUACCUUUCCUCUCAUGGAGAUAAACAACCGAAGCCUAUCAGUCCAUUAGAACAUGGUCUUAGACAAAUGACUACAUGUUCAUACUAAAGUCAAACUCCGGUAGGUAUAAUGCUGGUGUUCCACGUUUUGAAAAACUCUCAAUAAGCAGCUUUGACCUAUUCUGAUGAAAAAAAAAAUACUUACUCAAACAGAUUUGUUUUACUUUUCCAAUGUAUAAUUUUUGUUGGGGUGUCUCUCAUAGUAUAUGGGGAAAAAUGGCUCAAGGAAAUCAAGGAAAUAUUCUGUAUUGUGACAAUUCUAUGCUGUUGUGAAAUAUACAUUAUGCUGUCAGAUGUCUCUGAUCCUUGGUCCCAGUCAGGCCAUUUGAGCAUGGUGCAUGGUGAACGGGCUAUAUUAAUCAUUUGAUACUUUAGGGCAUUUACUCUGGAAUUGUGUUCAACCCAAAAAAAUUAACUGUAUGAAAACCGUUGAGGUCGUUUGACCCUUUUGUGGGGUUUAUGUAACCUGGAGUCGAGCCUAAAUAUUGUGCCGUUUCAUUUGAAGUGAAAUGGAAGGCUGCUCCAUAUGGAUUCCACUUCUAAGUGUUUGAAAGGGAAAGCAGUGAGAUUAGGGGACUCUAAAAUAGUUCUUCCAAUACUCCCUCCUUCCCUAUACCCUCUAUUGACUGGUUGGAAGUGUUGGUAUGAGCCCUAAAUACCACCCUGUUCCCUAGAGCACAGGUGUUAAACUCAUUCCACGGAGGGCUGUUUGUUUUCACGUCUUCCUUGUACUUGAUUGAGGAAUUUAGGUCACCUGGUUGUCUUAUGUUUUAGCAGACGCUCUUAUCCAGAGACACUUGCAGUACUGGUCCCCCACGGGAAUCGAUCCCACAACCCAGGUGUUGCUAGUGCCAUGCUCUACCAACUAGACGCAUGGAACCUGGGUUGUCUAGGUCUUAAUUGAAAGGAAAAAACAAAGACCUGCAGACACUAAACUAGGCCAUCCAUGGAAUGAGUGACACCCCUGCCCUAUAGAGGGCACUACUUUGACUAGUUAUAUCAAAUGUUGUGCAUUAUAUAGGGAACUAGGGUGCCAUUUGGGACUCAAGAAGCAUUCUGAAGGAUGUUAGGCGACUGCUGUUAACCUGCCGUCUGCUUCUCGUCUAUAUGGACUUAACAUUUCCUAUGCAGUUUGGAAUAUCAAUAAAAUGGGAUUCUUGUAUCCAACAUCCAUUUCCUGAUUCGUCUCGAGUCCACUGUUAUUCAGGCAGAAUAACAGGAAGACUGUGUGUCCACAUACCAAGAGGUGAUCAGUGACCAGGCAAAGCCAUGUGUUUAUUGGUGAGGAGUAUUCUCAUGGCUCAGUCUGGCAGCAGGGAAGGGACAUACCAAGAGGUGAUCAGUGACCAGGCAAAG